AUGGCAGACAUGCUGGCCGUCAUGCGGGAGGAGUCAUCGCGGAACGCGACGGUCAUCGCUGAACUGCGGGAGAUGCUCAAGGAGUUGCGAGAUGACAACCGUGAGCUCAGGACCCAGGUUAGCGUCCUCACCCAGCAGCUGGCGACCAUGAAAAAUGAGCAGAACGAGCAACUGGCGCAGACCAUUAAACAAGGUGCUGCAACAAUCAACAACCUGCCUCGCCGCAAAGCAACCAGCAGCCAGCAGAAGAAGGAGAAGCCGGCUCCGAAAGAAAAGCCUCAAAGGAGCCAGCAAAUAGAUCCGCAGCAGCAGUCGAAGCCUCGGCGGGAGAACCCGGAUCAGCAGCGGCAGCGGUCAAAGCAGCAGCAGCAUCCGCAUGGGCAGCAGGGUCGGCAGCAGCAGCAGGAAGAUGGGUUUACGAUGGUUGGCAAGAAAGGCCGCCCGGUUGAUAACAAACAAGGGCAUGACCAACACACCAACCAAGAAAAACCCCAGGUCAACAAAGGCAGGAGAAUUGACCAUCAGAGUGCUCCGAAGGAAAAGCAGAGCUUCGCCAGUCGACGAGGAGACUUUGGAGCAUUCGAUUGCAACGCCAAAGCCAACGAGCGCAUCACUAUCGUCAGCAGCGGCAUCACCAUCACCACCGCCGGCUACGCCGAUCUCUACAUUAGUAAUCGGGCGCACGAUGGCGAUGGACGAACUACCCCAGAGAGAGAUGGUCUCGUUGAACAGGGCGCAUCGGCCCACCUGGCAGCAUCAUCGGCCGAACCUGAAGCCCACAGAGGGCCGGAUUCAGGGGUGAUGGCAGACAUGCUGGCCGUCAUGCGGGAGGAGUCAUCGCGGAACGCGACGGUCAUCGCUGAACUGCGGGAGAUGCUCAAGGAGUUGCGAGAUGAUAACCGUGAGCUCCGGACCCAGGUUAGCGUCCUCACCCAGCAGCUGGCGACCAUGAAAAAUGAGCAGAACGAGCAACUGGCGCAGACCAUUAAACAAGGUGCUGCAACAAUCAACAACCUGCCUCGCCGCAAAGCAACCAGCAGCCAGCAGAAGAAGGAGAAGCCGGCUCCGAAAGAAAAGCCUCAAAGGAGCCAGCAAAUAGAUCCGCAGCAGCAGUCGAAGCCUCGGCGGGAGAACCCGGAUCAGCAGCGGCAGCGGUCAAAGCAGCAGCAGCAUCCGCAUGGGCAGCAGGGUCGGCAGCAGCAGCAGGAAGAUGGGUUUACGAUGGUUGGCAAGAAAGGCCGCCCGGUUGAUAACAAACAAGGGCAUGACCAACACACCAACCAAGAAAAACCCCAGGUCAACAAAGGCAGGAGAAUUGACCAUCAGAGUGCUCCGAAGGAAAAGCAGAGCUUCGCCAGUGUAGUAGAAGUUUGA